AUGACUGUCGCUGCCCGCCUCCCUGCCCCCGCGAAGCUCCCUCUCACCGACCGGAAGAGCUUCCGCGACGACUUUGAGAACAAGAAGGUGGAUCUCGAGAAGGAAAUCUCGGACAUCAUGGGCACCCAGUGGACGCUUGACGUGGACCCUCUCCCGCUGUCGCCCUAUGUCGACAACUCGAAGUUCAAGGGUCGCAUCGGGGAGGUUAUCUUUGGAUACUUUGAGGGCAUUCCGCACGCCAUGAAGUCUCAGCUAUUUUACACCUACCCAACCGCUAAGGAUGAGCUGAACCGUAUCGUCCCCACCCACUCAAUCGGCCUUGAUGUCGACCUUGACGGGAAGUACGACUAUUGUGGGCCUACUGUCCGCGAAGGCAAGAUUGUCAUCGUCUUCAACCCGGCGAAGGUGUGGUCCGGUGCUGGGAAUGGAUUUGAGAAGGAGGCUCUCUUGAAGGAGCUCACCGCGGCCGAGGCGGCUUCCGACCAGGGUGGGCUCGCCCCGCUGUCCGUGACUGCCAAGGUUAGCAUUAACAAGUUCUACACAAACGAUGAUGAGCCCAAGCGGAACAUGGAUGAUAUCCGCAAGACUCUCAACAACCCCGCAGUUGAUUUUGAGCCGAAUUUCGAGGCCGUGUACUCGGCUCUCAAGACGGCCGGGCGUGCCGACGCGGACGACCGACUUGCGGGUCUCACCAAGGCUUACCUUGAGGACUUGCUCUUCAUGCUCAAGCACCAGAAGUUCGACAAGGACGACAUGCUCAAGGAGGCCUUUGCCGACGCCGUUCCAUCCAACAAGAUCGUAUUCCGUAUUGUUCCCGAGCUUCAGGGCGACGGCAAGUACGGCGGCGAGUACGCCCAGCCCUGGAUUGAGGACGGCAUUCUCUACCUCCAGACCACGCCAGAGAACUGGGGAAAGAACACCGGCGAUGUUGGCAAGAAGCUUGUUGAUCUUGUUAGUGACAAUGCCUGA